AUGAUACGUUCCUAUGGCGAAGAAUUUUGGUCAAAAGUUCUCGAUCGUGCCGGAUUUGAAGCUGGAAAGGAAAAUAUAAUAAAUCAUUAUUAUUCGGACCAUGACACCUACACAUUAGUUGAUGCUGUCAGCGUACUUUUGAAAGUUUCGCGUGAGCAGGUUUGGGAAAUGUAUGGUGCAUUUCUUAUUCAAUACACUAUGGAAACUGGCUGGGAUGAUCUCAUUCGAUCGAUGAGUCCCAAUCUGAAAGGGUUCCUUGAUAAUCUCGAUUCUCUACAUUAUUUUAUCGAUCACGUCGUUUACAUGGCCAAUUUGCGUGGCCCUUCAUUCAGAUGCGAGGACAAUCCUGAUGGAACCAUCACACUUCAUUACUACACGGGAAGACCCGGAUUGUACCCGAUCGUGAAGGGCGUACUGCGAGAAGCGGCGAAAAGAAUAUUCAAUAUUGAUGUGUCGGUGACAAUAACUGGAAGAACGCAGAGAAGCGUUCAAAUGUCGUCUGGCGAAAGGACCGAAGAGCACGUCAUAUUUUUGAUCAAACCUCAGAAUAGCGAUCAAUCCAAUGAAGAUGCAUUGGGAACUGCCGUUGUGCAUCAUGUAAAUAAUUACAAGCUGAGACUUACUCAUAGCGAUUUUGUGAGCACAUUUCCGUAUCAUAUGGUUAUCGAUCAAGAUUGUAAGAUUGUGCAAGUCGGAAAAGAUUUAUUCAAUCACAUUCCGAAAGAUCUUCUAACCGUUGGCACUUCUUUAUUAAGGGUUUUUGAAAUUACCCGACCACAGAUUCCGUUGGAUUUUGAUAGUAUUUGCAAUUUUAUCAAUGCAGUUUUUGUCUUGCAGGUGAAGACAACAUCCAUGGAGUUUCAGAAGAAUGCUACAAAGCGUGUUAGUCAAGCAUUGGAUGAAAUGAACGUUGAAAAGGCGAUUGAGGAAAAUGGUGACUCCUCACUUGCUCCAUUGACUCAAAGUCAGCAUUUGAAACUCAAAGGGCAAAUGAUGAUGAUGUCCACUGGCAAACAUAUAAUGUAUCUCUGCUCACCGUAUGUCACAUCAGUCCCGGAACUUCUCCAAUACGGCCUUCGACUAACGGCGAUCCCUCUUCAUGACGCGACACGCGAUCUCAUACUUCUUAAUCAACAGCGCUUGUCGGAUGUGGAAAUGAACAUACAACUUGAAGCCAACAACGAGCAACUCGAGAAUAUGGCGAGGGAUCUUGAAAGCGAGAAAGGCAAAACCGACGCGCUUCUGAAGGAAAUGCUGCCGACGUCGGUGGCUCAACAAUUGAAACAGGGCCUCAGCGUGGAUGCUAGGGAGUAUGAUUUGGCGACGGUGAUGUUUACAGACGUUCCAACAUUUCAGUCAAUUGUUCCGCAAUGCGAACCCAGAGAUAUAGUUCAUCUAUUGAAUGAGCUUUUCACAAAGUUUGACCGAUUAAUUGGCUUGCAAAAUGCUUAUAAGGUUGAAACCGUUGGAGAUAGUUAUAUGUCGGUUGGCGGAAUUCCAGAUGUCGUCGAUAAUCAUUGCGAAGUAAUUUGCCAUUUAGCUUUAGGUAUGAUCAUGGAGGCUCGUACCGUAUGCGAUCCGAUCACAAAUACUCCAUUGCAUAUUCGUGCGGGAAUCCACUCGGGACCAGUUGUAGCGGGAGUUGUCGGAGCAAAAAUGCCGAGAUAUUGUCUUUUUGGUGAUACGGUAAAUACAGCAUCAAGAAUGGAGAGCCAUAGUCCAGUUGGUCGAAUUCAUUGCUCGGAAAAUGCGAAAAAGUGCGCUGAAUCGACUGGGAGAUUCGAAUUUGAAAGUCGCGGAAAAGUGCCAAUUAAAGGCAAAGGCGAAAUGAGCACAUAUUUUCUUCUCAGAAGCUAUAAAAAAUCAGUAUGGGAAAUUAUUGAAAGAAAACGAGAUGAAAGCACGCAGAGCAUCGACGGCUACGCGGAACUCCGUGAAGGCUAUCUGGACGACUCAACGCUUAAAAUCAAUCAGAAGCGUUCAAGAACCUGCAUUGUAUCUUAA